CCUUUGUAAAGAGCAUGAAGCGCCAUAUGACGCUGGGCAUUACCUCUGAGGUCGGUUGGCGCCUCCAGGGUUCGCGCCGGUUCGGACGCUCGGCCCGGCAUGGAAAUUUGUUCACGCGCGGCCAGCACAGCACGCGACAUCUACUGUAUAUUAUGCAGCUAGCCUUGCUUCGCCUAUCGAUCCGGCACGGGGGACAUAAAGACCGGUCCGGCUGCCGCGAAAACGUCUGCCCCGAAACUUGCUGCGACUUCACCACCUCCUUUAAUAUGCGUGCCUUUCUGUGCUUAGAUUGAACAUAAUAUAUAGCUUAAUUUUUGAAUCCUGCAAACGCUGGCGCUGGCCCAUUCCAAUUUUGCAAGUUGAACCGUUGCCGUAUAUGGCCGCGUCCAUUUCCGUGUCCGUCGCGGCCUGCCUCCUUUAAUUCAUAUACAUACUUUCUACACAAGCACCUGGACGUUUACCAGACGUUACCCGGACUUUUAGCAACACUGCGCGCCUGAACCUGACACACCCGCUUUGCAAAUUGGCGACUAUCUUUCUUCGCUGUCACUCUCGCGCUUGCCUGCCAAUUGAUAUCAUCUUAAUUCUUAACGCUGGACGUACUGCUUUGAGCUCGACGACUUGCGAGACUUCGCGCGUCUGGAAACAAAUUGUACAAUGCCGCUUGCUUUCCUUGAGCCGGCUGAGGAGGUCUCUGGCGACAACUUCACGUUAUCAGCUAGCACCUCGACAUGCCACCGCGCGACGACCAGCAAGGCCACCAGCUUCUGCCCCGACGACGACGCCAUGCUUGAAAGCAGCGUACUGACCCGGAAACGCGUGGCGAGCGGCGACGUGAUGCAUUGCGCGGCACCUCUCGCAGCUUCCGACGGUGCUUGCGCAAGAGCAGCGGCCGCAGCUGCGGCCGCUGCUCGCUGCCCCCGCGACGGCGACGCCAGCCCCUGCACCUCCGCUGACGCCAGCCCCGCGCCUAGCUGUUCUGGGUCGCCCGCCUCGUCUACCUCCACUCGCUCCGACCUCAGUAGCCCGCCCGCCUGCAGCGAUAGCGAUGCUGACAGCGACAUGUGCUGCUUCGCCCGCGGCGGCGGAGCUGGCGGCUGCGUGGCGCUGGAGGAUGGGUUGCUAGAGCUCAGUGAGCGCAGCGGGCCCGAUAGCAGCAGCAGCGGCGAUGACGAUGAUGAUGAUGAUGGCAACAGCGGACACUUCGGGGCGGCCAGCCGGUACUGGGCAGCGGAGGGCGACGCCAACUGCGCAAAUAGCGCAGGGUGCAGCGGCCAGCGGGCGGAUGCAAAGCGGCGCUGCGUUGGCGCCACGGGCGCCCCGCCGGCGCAGCUGGCGGCGGUGGGCGGGCUGGCGGGCUCGCACGUUGUGUGCGUGCCCAAGCACCUGUGGCGCGCGGACGACCUGAUCGGGCGCAAGAUGGUGCUGUUUUGAAUGUACUACUGGGAAUGUACUUGUGGCGGCCGGGGAUGACAAACGACGAGGAGUGCGAGUGCAACAGAGUGUGCGUUCAGGAGUGACUUUCAAACCAGGAACCGGCAUGCGGGGACAUAUUGUCCCCACCGAUGAUGCCAGGUUGCCAUUUUUGCAGGCUAUCACUGUUUACCCGCUAUGUAUGUAGUGCGGACACAGAACUCCCAGACUUUCUUUCUUCAACUUUCUUUUCUUCCUCUCUUGGCUUCCUGAUUGAUCUGAGGAAAGCAGGUCACCUUCAAUAGGAUAGAGAUUAAGAUAUAAGCGAUGAAAGUUCACCUGUAAGCUAAAGCUUCC